UUGCGUCUUAUGUGUCAGUGUCAAACCCACCACAACAUUUCAAUCGUUUUUGGUGGAUCAGUGGAUUGUUUAUAAAUUUUAACAUUCAAUAUAGUUUGCUUUGUAUAAAAACUGUAACCACCAAAUAAAAUCAAAUACAGACAUGGAUGUGUUUUUAAUGAUCAGAAGGAAAAAAUUAACUAUAUUCACAGAUGCCAAAGAUACCACAACUGUUUUAGAAUUAAAAAAGAUCAUAGAAGGUAUUCUUAAAAUCCCACCACAAAAUCAGCAACUGUUUAACAAAGACAAUACAGUGAUGGAUGAUGCUCACACUCUUCAGGAAUAUGGGUUGUCUUCCAAUACUGCAAAGGCACAGAGUCCAGCCACUGUAGGACUUGCUGUGAGAGAUGACACAGGCAACUUCGAACCCCUUGACCUGAUUCCAUACUCGGCCCCGCCAGAUCUUCCAGAUGUCAUGAAAUCCCAGGAAACGAACGGUCAGGAACAAACUAACUAAGUCAAAGGAUUAUCCUUAUCUGUCCAUUUAACAUUUAUACUUUAGUUAUAGCUUUGAGAGCCCCAUUUGAAACUUCAUGAAAAGCAGACAUAUUUCUUAACCCUAAUAAUGUAUAUUCUCAAUUCUUAUUUAAUUCGUAUUAUAUGCAUUACUAUAAGAACUGCCUUUCUUACUAAGUUAAAGAUUAAGUAAGAUUAAAUUAAUGAAAUAUUUGAGAUAGCGAUGAAUUUUGCAGGACAAAUGUUCAAUGCUGUCAAUAGUAUAUUUUAUUAUUAUAGCAUUGCUCUUCUUUUUUAGUAUUUCAAUAUUGCCUGUUCAACGAAUACUGUUAGAAAAAAAUUAUUGCGGGUAUACAAUAUUAUAGAGUAAUUAUUCAAUGGUUACAUCAUAAAGUCUAUUCUGUAUCAACUUCACAAACUAUUUAUCAAUGCUUUUUUUUUGUAAUAACAGCAGAACCAUCACAGUUGAUUCAAUUAUAUAGUUUUCUGUCAAUUUGCAACAUGAUCCUGACUUUUUCCUCAGAUUCAUUUAUUGUUUUUGUUCUCUUAUUUGUUAAAUAAAUUCAUAUGUUACAAGAUCUAUGUUUAUUUUUAUAAAUUAAUAUACACACAGUAUUCAUCAUAUUUACAAAAUAUGAGAAUGUAUAAUCUGGUGAAAGUCUAUGGUUUUUACUAUAACUCGUUUUGAGAUUGACAAUUUCAAUUGUCGAUGUAGACGCAAAAACAGACUUCUGUGUUUUAUUUUAAUUAAACACUUAAAAAUUCUUUUUCGGUCACUAAUUUGCAUUUUUCGUAAAGUAUUAUAAAUUGUAUAUUCUUAAAUUCUUUAAUAUUUUGUUUGCCUCUUUCGGGGGGAUGUUUAAUUGGAAUAUUCUCAUAAUAACUCAGUAAUUAUUUAAAUCUUUAUUUCUUUUAUGGAACUCUGGUGGAAUAUUCUAGGAAUGUCUAAUAAUAUUAAGAGAACACUAAAAAAUAUAUGCCCCAAUAUAUUUAUCCAAUACAUGGCUUACUUUGUUUACGAAAUUACAAUAAUCACGGAAAAGUGAUUAAUAUUUAGAAGUAAAACUAAUGUUGGACCAGUGUUACUAAAUCAAAGUACCAAGCUGGGUUGAACCGACAUUACUAAGUUAAGAUUAUAUCUGGAUUCAUUUGAUAAAUACGUAAUAUACAAAUACAUCGAUAAAAUGUUUUUUUAUGCCCUUGGACUAUUAAAGUUAUUUUAGUUAUUCGAGUGAUUAUCCACCGUUUUCUUAAAAGGAAAAACAGCAAAUUUUAAAUAUCUUUGACGCAGAUCAAAUCGUGUAUUUCAGAAAUUUAGUAAUUUUUUAUCUGUUCCAGACUGUAGAAAUUAUUCAUAGUUUCUUAUUCCUCGAUUUUUGUUCUAGGAUAUAACGAAUAUUUAUUAUGCGAAAGUUAGACACAAAUUGUGUCUGUAUUUUUUAUUUAUUUUUGAAUUUGAAAAUGUUUUAAAAAAAUGCUUGCGUAACUAGAAGCAAAAUGCUCAUAUCUAUGAAACUAAAAAAGUAAGUGAUUUUAAAGUUUAAAGACAGUUUGGUAAGUUUCAAAAUAUUGAAACAUGGAAAUUAAUUUACUUUAGCCAAUAGAGAGCUUCUCUUGAACUCUGUUUUAAACGCCCAUAACUUGGUGGUAAAAACCUAAUUAUUUUAAUCCCUAUAAUUUAUUUUUAUCAAUUUUAUACAGAGUUGAACAAAAAUUAACCGAGUUUGUCGAAAGUAAUUCUCGCCCUCAUAAUUAUAUAUGGUUAUUAUAGUUAUAUAAUAGAAAAUUAUAACUGCUUUUGCAGCCCCUAACUAUGCAAUAUAUACUCAUUUUGAUAUUAUUAGAAUUAAAAUAAUUGCAUUUCGUGCAAAUUUUUCUAAAAAUAUACCAAUAUAAACUUUCAGUUUUUCCAUGAACCACUUUCUACUAAAAUAGUGCAAGCUGCUGAGUAAAAGUUGUUAAAAGUAAAUAGCUGACAAAGUUUAAAUCUAAAACUGAACCAUUUUCAAAAAUUUCUAGUAGCAAAGUUGAAUAUUUGUAAAUCAAGUGCAAAAUCACUUCAGAUUCAUGCAUAAUUUUUUUUUCCAAAGAUCUGCCUAUGUUCAAGAUUUAAUUACAUUCUCACAGUCCCAACCCUUAUCCAGACAUCUGUGGGUUUAUGAUCUUAAAUAUUAAACUUCUUGAUAAAACUAGAAUGUUGAUAACAUAAUUAACAAAGCGAAGAACUUAUUAAACACGAAUUUAAUAAAUAGAUGAUACUAGUUUAGUUUUUAUGAUGGUAACCGUUGCGAAAGUGCGUUGAUAUUAUUUAUACAGGGUGGUUAUUUGAGAAUGUGUUGUAAGUAAUAGUAAGGGUUAAUUAAACACAUAGUAUAUUAUUGAAAAUAUAACUUUACAAAAAACUUUAACAGCUUUAAAAAAUAGCCAACACAUUUCCGUAAUUGAUUUACAGAUGAAUAUGAAACUAAUCAGUAUAUAAUAUUAUAUUCUAUCCAAUUUGCUGUUGUAUUUUAACAUUUAGCAAUGAAGCAUACUAAAAGUGUAAAAUAUUAAAGUUUUGCCUGUAGAAAUUAUUAUUUUUUUAAGUUGUAGGUAAUUAACGCAUUUGGGUUUUUAAACUAAUUUGUAUCAGAUUUUAAAUGUAAAAUAUAGACCUUGUAAUUUUUUA